GUUUGAUAACAUAUUUUAUCAGAGUUAAUGAAUCUUAAAGGGCACUACAUUCUCAGAAAACAAGGUACCAACUUGUUCCUUUGCUUGUCACUGGGGCUGUACCCUCUAGGGUCUGCCAGUUGUACCCUUAGCUGUAGGUAAUUUUACCUUUUAUGGUACAGAAAUGGACCCUGAGGAACACUUUUGUCCCAUUGGACGUAUAUUAAUGUCGUUUGUAGUUUGGGGAGUCCAUUUAAGGUACAGAAAUGUAAGGUACAGCCCCAUUGACAAGCAAAGAUACAAACCUUGUAUUCCUGGGAGUUUGUUUACAAGGGCACGUAUAUAAUAAACAUUUUAAAGUGUUCAUAUUCACCAGACCUAGAUUUCCCUGCUAACCGGGUAGGCUUAAAUAGGAUAUAUAAUCUCAACUUUAUUUCAAGUCGUAUUUCCAGAUUCGGGAAUUAGGUAUUCACGGUUUUUGUCAACGGCAGGUUGGCCGUGAAUAUUUUUGGACGACGCAUAAGCCAAAAAUACGUAAUACUGAAAAUGAUUUGGAUCAAAUAAAAUCUUAUAUAAAUAUUGCUGUUAUUUGACAUUUGUUCGUGUAAGUACAUAAUAUAUAUUUAAUGUUCAAAAUCUUUCGGCAACCAGCAUCACUCAUGUGUCUCUGACCGUGGAAAAUUGACAGUGCCGUCAAUUUUGCAUUUUUGAUGAUUGACCCAAGUAUUAUUCGCGAAUUUUCACAUCCGCAAGGAUCUACCGCCCCUAAAUCGGGCGAAUGUGAAAGGGUGGACUGUUCAGUUCCUACUCGAUUUCGGGACUUGCCGCGGUGAAGUUCCAUCUGCAGCCACGAGGUGGUGGUGGCCAUUUAAGCGGCGUCAUAUCUCCAAUGGAAGCCUGAAUCAACGUGGGUCUAUGGUACGAAAAAGUUAAUCAAAAAUACCAGCGCUUUUCGCUUACAAAUGCCAGUUAAGGUAAGUUAAAUGUUACGGCUCUUUACAAAUACAGGGGAUAAAUAUACUCUGUCUUUGGCUAAUGAUCUACAAACUGGAGGAUGGCUGAAAACGAGCACUAUGACCUACAACAUGGCCUGUGUGAUCUCGGCCGGUCGGGCCGUCCUGGAAUUGAUGCAGUUCGACUGGGAGCCGUUAUCGCACGGAGAGCUGGACCAGCGGCUGGACCAGGCUGUGGAGGAGAUCCUGGAGGCCGAUCUCAUUGAGAGGGCGAAGACCCAGACUGCGCCGGUGUGUCUGCAGCAGAUUCAGCUCCCAGAAGCGACGCCGCACCCCCUGCAUUCGGAAGCGGCUGAGCCGUCCGAGGAGUCUGAGCAAACACUGCUGUCGAAUCCAAUAGAAGAGGAUAACCACGCAGUACGGUACAUCACAGAUCUUCUCCGGAACUCGGACUCCAGCUACAGUAAGAGCCGGCUGACGGGCCGGGCGCGCCUCUCGCUGCCGCACACCGUGCUGCUGUCACUCACCCUGCUGUCGCGGAGGCUCAGCUACCGCUCCGUGUCCGCGCGCUUCCGGCUCGAGAAGGGCAACAUCCACCGCAUCUUCUUCUCCUUCUGCGAGCGCGUGAACGCGCUCCGGGAUCAGCAGAUACGAUGGCCGGCGGGCCAAGAGGCAGAGAGGAUUUUAGUGCCUUUGUCGGAUGCCUUGGAGGAUGUUGAGGGUGUGGAGACGACGGAGGUCCCCAAGGUGUUCGGCAUCCUGGGACACACUCGUAUCCCCAUCCGGCUGCCGAUCGGCAAGCAGGAGAUUGGGGAAGGCCUGCUGGAGAUGAAGAAGAUGAAGAAGGAGGUGCACCCAGACUCGUGGCUUAACCUGGAACUGGUGUGUGAUGGCCAGGGCCGAUUCCUGCACUGCAGCAUCAGCAGGGGCUCCGACGGGGCCCGGGGCCAGGCCCUGAGGGAGCGCCUUCGGUUGGACCCGCACGCUGUGCCCCACGGUGCCUUCCUGGUGGCUGGGCGGAGUUUCCCGCCGUUGGCCCGGAUACUGACCCCGUACCCCGUAGUGGGCUGCGGCCCCCGGGAGGAGGCCUACAAUCGGACCCUGGCGGCUCACCUUGACGUGCUGGACCGGGCCGUGGCCGAGCUCAAAGCUCGCUUCCACCGCCUGCGCUACCUGGACAUGGGGAACUUUGAGAGGGCGCGGGCCGUGGUGCUGACAGCGUGCAUCCUGCACAACGUGUUGCUGGAGAUGGGAGAGCGUGUGACUCCUGCUCAGGUGGUGAGGGAGGAGGGGGAUGAAGAGGAGGGACAGGGGGACGAGGAUGGGCUGAGGACGAGGGAGGCCAUGGCGGACCUGCUAUCCAGAAGGACUCAAGUUGGGAGCAGCUGAAAAAUUGUGAAGACCGGGUGCUGAUCAAUGUCAACACGCAGCAGCUACAUGUGAUAGACGCUGCCCAUUUCACACGACCCAGUCACAGAACAGACAAGACUGUAAAGUUUCUUUUUAUUAAAAGCUCCACUGAUAGCU